GACAAAACGGAAUAAAAAUCCAAGAAAAAGUGUCACCAAAAGAAAAACCCUAAAACGUGAGAAUUCUGGCCGGUCUUCAUCUGAAAACUUCAUUCUCCUUCGGUUUCGUUUCUCUUUCUAAAUUUGGCGAUCUCCUUCAUGUUUACAAGGAAUAACUGCCCUAGACGAAACCACUGCUUCACUUAUUUAAACUUAAGCAAGACGACGUCCUUCUCUCUGCCUGUUCCUUUAGUGUAUAUUACUAUUGUUAGAGUAUAGUUAUAUCAGGAAUGGCACCGAUGAAGAUAUGGUUGUUCUAUGAUGGAGAAUGGGAUAACUCAGGUAAGGGUUUGGGUUACAAUGGUGGUCAACAAAAAGGACUAUUAGUGCAACAUGAUAUAACUUUCAAUGAGAUUAAGAAAUUAAUAAGUUGUAGUGUUUCCGAGGAAGAAGAUUCGGGCUGCCCAUGUGCCGUUACUCUAUGGUGUUUGGUACCUGGUACUGUACAGGUGAGAGAUCCUAUGAAAAUAGCAAAACAAUCAGAUUUUGAUUUCUUUUUAGCAUUAGUCAAUGAUAACUUUCCUAGGUGUGUUCCUUUAUAUGUGACAAGACAACCUAAGGAACCACCAAGAGCUGAAAUUAGGGUAUUUCAAGAUGCUUGUCCUGAAAAUGCUCACACUCCAGAAAGAGAUGGUUCCAGUAGUCAGAAUAGCUUUGUAUUCAAGAGAGCAACACUCUUCAGAGUUGAACCGCACGUUUCACCGGCAUAUGGUGACUCUGUGGAUGACUUGUUUGAUGAUGAGGAAGAAGAUGAUAGGUUGCAAGAAAAUGAACUCCUACCAUCGCUACGAGCUAAUGAAAUAAGUCAAAAGGAUGGAGAUGUAGUGCAUGUUGAUGAUCAAAUGCGUGCUUCUACAUCUGGUCCACCUCCAGAUAUUGAUGGACAGAUGAACAAGCAAUACACUGAUGAGUAUUGCAAAGAAUUUGAAGUUGGUGAGUUGUUUGAAAGUAAAAUUGCUUUCCAGAAGAGAUUGAGUAUUUAUGCAUAUAAAAUGAACUUUGAGUUCAAGUUUAAGAAGUCUCAAGCAGAUAGGGUCAGUGUAGUUUGUGAUGCUGAUAAUUGCACAUGGUCACUGUAUGCGACAAAGUUUAAAAAUAGUUCAUAUUUUAGAGUGAGGAGAUACCACAAAAUCCACACUUGUUCGCGAGACAGCACAUCCGCCAGCAAGCAUAAGCAUAUAACUUCUCGGAUCAUCGAAGAAUGCUUAAAGAACAAGCAGAACAGUGCAGGCGGUAUAUACAAAACGAAGGAUAUAAUUGAGGAAAUUCAGAAGGAUCUUGGUAUCACUAUAAGUUACCAUCUGGCACGGAGUGCUAGAGAGCGUGCGGUGGUUUCCAUUUUGGGGUCAGCUGAGGAAUCCUACGCUUCACUUCCCUCUUAUUGUGCAGAGUUGGAGAAGUCCAAUCCUGGUACUGUGACGUUUAUUAGCACAGAUGCUUCUGAUAAUUUCAAGUAUUUUUUCAUGUCGAUUGGCGCUUGCCUACGUGGCUUUUUGAGUUCAGUCAGGCCUGUAAUCUCUGUUGGUGGAACGGAUUGGAAGGCCAAAUACCGUGGGACGUUGUUCUUUGCCACCUGCAAAGAUGGGAAUGAUCAGUUAUUUCCUUUAGCAUUUGGCAUUGGUGAUUUGGAGAAUGAUGCUUCUUGGCAUUGGUUUUUAAGCAAAUUGCGAACAGUGAUUGGUGAUGUUGCAGACUUAGUCAUCAUUUCCAGUCCAAAUGCAAGCAUAGAGAAAGGUGUUCGUACAGUGUUUCCAGAAGCAGUUCAUGGAGGAUGCCUGUAUCACAUUGGUCGGUAUGUGAAGAAAAACUGCAAAGAUGAUAUUCUGAAUCAAAUGUUUCAUGAUGCUGCCAAAUGCUAUCGAAUGUCAGAUUUCAACCACAUAUUUCAUCAGAUCCGCCAGAUAUUCCCUGACAUUGCCUCUAAGCUGGCCGAAGCAGGAUUUGAAAAGUGGUCUCGUUCACACUUCAAUGGCAUACGGUACAAUAUAAUGACAACCAACAUUGAAGAGUGUAUAAGUCUCAUUGUUAAGGAUAUUGAUGACCUUCACGUGACCAAGUUAAUUGAGCAUGUUAGUAAGAUGUUCCAAAGCGUGUUUGAUGAGCAUCGAGAAGCUGCUCUGGGUUCAACAACUACACUAACAAAGUGGGCGGAGGAUGAACUUCGCAAAAGGAUGAACCAGUCUUCUCUGUACUCAAUUCAUCCCAUCAACAUGGAUGAGUUUCAGAUCUUUGAUAAUAAUAAAAAUGCGGAAGUGAAGUUGAACUACAAAACCUGCACGUGCCGAGUGUUUGAUCUUGACCAACUUCCAUGUGCACAUGUAAUGGCCGUGUGUAAGUUUCGUAACCUGGAUCCUUACCAGUACUGCUCACGGUAUUACUAUCUUGCUACACUGAAGGAAGCAUAUUCAGAUUCUAUACAUCCAGUUUCAUCUCCUGAAAACUGGGAGGUAUCCGAAGAGGUUCGCAGUCGAGUUGUGUUACCUCCAGGAACACGAAGACCUUGUGGCCGACCAGGUAAGCGGAAAAUUUCUUCUCAGGAAGAAGGGGAAUCAGGUAGGAAGUGUGGGAAGUGUGGUUUGUCCGGGCAUAACCGUCAAAGGUGCGAACAAAGUGGUUCUCUGUUCACAUAACUGAAAGUUGCAUAAUGUUUCUUUUUAUAGUAUAAAAUAAGUUAAUGGAAUAGUAGGUUGUGAUGUAUGGAUAUGAUUUUUUGCCAAAGUUGAGUUACCCGGUCUUACAAAAUGGUGUUGUUUACCUUUCUUUUGGUUGGAGUGUUAUCACUGCCUUAGUCUA